UUUGCCCAUUUAAAAGAUGGCCUUGCAAUUCAUGUACUGCAACAGUCUUUGAACAAUCAUCCAUCUCACAAAAGCUCUCUUAAUUUCUCCGUUAUGUUCUUCGCCGAUCAUAUGCCCUCCCUCGGAACUCAAGCCCACAAAGGUUUGAAAUACUAAGACGGCUUAAAAUUGUGUGAGCCAUGGAGACCACUGACUUAUCCAACGUCUCGCAACAGCCAAACCUCCCGCCGGGGUUCCGGUUCCACCCCACAGAUGAAGAGCUCGUGGUUCACUACCUCAAGAAAAAGACCAUCUCGGCUCCCCUUCCAAUUGCAAUAAUCGCUGAAGUUGAUCUUUACAAGUUUGAUCCCUGGGAACUUCCAGCUAAGGCUACGUUUGGCGAGCAAGAAUGGUAUUUUUUCAGUCCCAGGGACCGGAAGUACCCGAACGGGGCUAGACCGAACAGGACGGCAACAUCUGGGUAUUGGAAGGCAACAGGAACAGACAAGCCUGUGAUAAGCUCGGGGAGUAAUCAAAAGGUUGGUGUAAAAAAAGCCCUAGUGUUCUAUGGAGGGAAGCCCCCCAAAGGGAUCAAGACCAAUUGGAUCAUGCAUGAGUACCGGCUUGCCGAUAACAAGGCUUGUAAUAAGCCUCCAGGAUGUCAUGACUUAGGCAACAAGAAAAACUCAUUGAGGCUCGAUGAUUGGGUCCUAUGUCGAAUCUACAAAAAGAACAACACCCAAAGACCGAUGAUGGAUCAUCAGGAAAGGGAGGAUUCGAUGGAUGACAUGAUUGGACCCAUACCACCACCUUCAAAUUCAAUAGCAGUGGGCCAACAACAUCAUCUUGUGAAACUGCAACUUGCAAAUGCGGCCGCAAACUACGGUCCCCUCGAAAAUUACCAGAAUAAAUUUGAAGGAAUAGUAAACGGUGAUCAUGAUAGUAACUCUGCUAGCGCUAUGUGCCGGUUUGCCUCUUCAAAUACUACUUCCAAGCCUGAGCUGCCCAUGGUAACCCCCAGCAGCUUCCCUCUGAAACGGACACUCCCUUCCAUGUACUGGAAUGAUGAUGACGCAACAGGAUCUUCAUCGAGCAAGAAAUCAAUGCACUUGGAUGAUGGUGAUCUUGAAAGCGCAGCAAGUGGGAAUCCAUCUACUUCUAUUGCCGCUCUGCUUAGCCAGCUCCCACAAAAUCCUUCAUUGCACCAACAGGUGAUGCUGGGAUCUAUUAUUGGAGACGGCAUUUUUCGGGCACCUUGCAGUCAGCACCCUGGAUUGAAUUGGUAUUCUUAAUUAUAUUAAUCGACUACUGGGUUAUUAUAUGGUGGCAAAUCAUGUAUGUAUAUAUGCAUAAGUAGAAUUGUGAUGAAGCUAAAGACUACAUAUAUACAUACAGAUCAUGAUCAGCUUAAUUCCCAUGUGGAUUGCCAGUAGUCUGUAUAUGUAAUCUACCUGCUGCUCAUGAUCAAAUUGCGAAGUGUUGGAUUUGGAUCACAUUAAUUAGGUACUGUGAUUUUGCCUGCUAGCUACCAGACUAAAGAGCUAGCGUACCUAGAGACUUCUAAAAUGGCCUCGGAAGUCUUCUAAAUCAUGUAAGAGGCAGCUCCAAUUUCAGGUGAGGCCCUUGUAUUAA